AUGGCCAAAGUAAUGGAAUGUAUUUUGGUGCCUGAUGACGAAACUUUGCCAAAAAUUCAUCUAGAUGAUGGAAAAUUAGUGACUUUAGGAAGAAGUCCAGCUACACAAGUACGCUGCAAAACGUGUGCUCGACAACAAGUUCAAGUUAUAGCAAACUAUGAAAAAAAGCAACUGCAGCUUACACAGAUAGGAAAAAAUCCUAGCAGAGUAAGCGGUCGAUUACUGGAACCGCAAAAAACAUGCAUUCUUAAUCCAAAAGAGAAAUUUUCGCUAUUGCGCAACAGUUUUGGAUAUGAAGUGCAAUUUUUGAGUCAAUCAUCGCAAGAUCAAAUCACCUCGAAAAGACGAUAUGAAGACAUUGACAGUUGCACCGAAGCGGAAGAAAGAAAAAGAAUGAAACCCACAUUGCAUAUAACAAUGCAAAGUGUAUUGCUUAAAACACCAUAUCGGGUCAUUAAAUCACUGGAAGAACCAAAUUAUAAUGGCUGGACUGAUUUCAGAGGCUUGUUAAUUUAUACGUCUGAUAAUGCAAAUCCAUCGACUAAGGUUGUAAUAUUCUCGAAUCAGCUAGGAAUUGGCAAUAAAAUGGUAAACAAAGAAAGCUUUAAGAAGAAGAUAACAAAUAUUAUCAACUCAUUGGGGGUACCAGUGCAGGCAUAUAUUGCUACAAAUCGAGAUAUAUAUCGGAAACCUUUUAUAGGAAUGUGGCAGUAUUUAAUAUGGAAGGCAAACAACGCUAUGACUAUCGAUUUGGAAACCAGCUUCUUCGUUGGAGCCGGUAAAAGUACAUUCGUAAGAAAUUACUUGAGCCCACGCGGAUAUGUAGAUGUUAACCGGGAUAAAUUGAAAUCUUGGCAAAAAUGUGUAUCUGUUUGCACUGUAUUACUGGAUAGAGGUUCCAGUGUUGUUAUAGAUAAUACAAAUCCAGAUAAGUUUUCAAGGAAAAGGUAUAUUGACUGCGCACGGUCUAAGAAGAUACCUAUUAGAUGUUUUAUAUUCACAACAUUGGAAGAGAUCGCUAAGCAUAACAAUAAGAUUCGCGAAGCUACUGCUGAGGAAGGAUACCAAUCAGUUACCGAGAUUGCUUUCAACACCUUCAAGUUCGAUUAUCUUCUAAGUUAUAAUAUUGUUAUCUUUAGUAUCCAUUUAUCAUUGCUAUGCUUAGUUUUCUAA